AUGAGCUACUUCCAAGCUACAAUACACAAGCCUCAUAGUACGCUCACUGCGCACAAGCCAGUAGCUGGUCUUGGAAGGGCCCGUGAGCUACUUCAUCAACAUUCUCUAUGCCCACAUUCAACCAGAUCCUUCAAGCUGCAGGAGCAAGUUUAUCCAAGACUUUUUCUAGUUUCUGCUUGCCAUAAAAGGCUUGGUCCUGUAUAUGCUUCGAGUGGGAAAGAGAACCCUAAGAUUAUCAAUGAUCCCUUCUCGAUGGAAUCUUUGAACAAAGCUAUGGUAGAAGCAAAAAGGCCAAGGUCAAUUCAAGAUAUGCUGAUGGAUCAAAUGGCUAAGAUUCGAGGAUUAGGAUCUGGUGGAAAUGGAGGAAACAAAAACCGUUAUGGACGUGGUGGUGGUGGUUCUGAUGGCCCAGAGGACGAGUCUUUUAAGCAAUCAUUAUAUGAGAUGCUCCAGAUUUUGAUAGCAACUGUUGCGUUCAUACUUUUGUAUAUCCACAUAAUAAGAGGGGAGGAGUUAUACCGCCUUGCUAGGGACUACACCAGAUAUAUGGUUACUGGGAAGAGAACAGCUCGACUGAAACGUGCAAUGCUAAACUGGCGCGAUUUUUCUGAGAGCAUCACCAAGAAGGAUAGUGCACAAGAAGACUACUAUGGAAGAUCAACUUCUUCCGAGUCCACGUGGUGGCAACAGCCCCAACAGCUCGUUCGUCGUAUGGAGGAGCUCUGCAGAGGCUAUUUGCGCCCGCACGCGCAGGAAUCGUAG